AGAGCUGACGAUAUAAGGCCUUGUUAUGCUAAUACGUAAUUGUCAUGUAGGACCAUGCCAGCUGUUUCACUUGCACACUUCAUGUAUCCAUAGGUUUUAAUCUUCAUAAACAUUUUCAGAAGCCUCCGUGCCACUGCUAAGGUUCAGCAGAUAGAUCUCUCCUACAUCAGCUAGUGUCAAUCACGGCACAGCGUCUGCCCCUGGUCAGUCUUAAUGGUUACCUGUUUGUUAUCAAUCAUUGCAGAAUUACCUAUCAGCAACCGCAGCAGACAGCCAGAGCUACCGCACAGAGAUACAAAACUUGAUCAGUGAUUUUUUUUCACCCAUCAGAGACACUUGAGACUUGGUGAUUUAUUUAAAGUUUAUAAAAUUUAAUCCGGAUCAAAUUAAUUGGGAUUCAACUUUGAUAAAGAGAGGACAGGUUGGCUGGUGACUUAGCCAUCAAUAACUGCUGGCUUGGACUGUCCAGUGAGUGUGAACUACUGGGGAUUUCUAAUUUAUCAAUUACAAUACUGUUAUGUCACAGUGGUCAGUCUGACUAACCGCUGUAACAGCGGCCAUUCUGAUUAGUGCGAGGUCCCCUGCUGGCUGAUUGGAGAGGACCAAUAUUCGGAGGUGACAGAACUCUGUCCAGCAUUCUCACUCUUUGAGGAAACGAGGUCCCCUGCUGGCCUGUGGGUGAGGUGUGAAAGUCAAAUCAUCUACUCCCCACCACAACACAAGCUCUUCCCAGGCCCUCACUGAAUAAAGGCCAGCAUUCACACACAGAGAGCCGCACUUCUCACAGUGGAGUUAACUUCCUGCCGUUGAGACUGAUGUGGGAGUCGUGAGCAGCUAUAAAAAGACAUCGGGACUGGCCAAUGACAAAUCUUCAUCCCGGGCUCAGGAGGCAGUGGUCACGCUUCAUUGAACUCCUAAACACCCCACCACACAAUCAGAACUGCUGAUAUCAAUCAGUGAACAUAAUCGGAGUUAGCACCCCAGCAACACCAUUGUUAUCCUGGAAUUUACUCCACAAGGUUAUACUGACUGCAUGAGGCCAGCCUUUGCUUCUUCAGAGGUGUACCAAUUAUCAAACUUUUUACGGAGUUCAUCUGACCCUAGUGAUCAGUAGAUUUCUGCAUUCAAUAUGUUCCUUUAUGCAAGUCAUUGACAAAAAAUGUAUAAUAAAUAGUGCUACUGGAAAAAAAAUUAUUCUCAGAGCUGAAUUGAGCAUGCACACAGGAGGGACUGCUCUUCAAAGACAGUUUUAAUUGUUUGUAAACAAAAGGAGAUUUAUGACAAUUAGACCCCAACACAAUGAAGGAAACAUAAAAAAAGAUUACUAUGCAUUGUGAGGUAUAUAUCAUUAUCUGAGCAGAUCGCCACGGAUUGUGUAAGCAAUAUGAAGCUGACCGGACAACAGCUAGUCAUGUUUUAUGGAGUUAUAACACUUAGUGCUGCUACCAUGACCAAGAGGAAAGGGAACAUGGAUUCCAAAGACAGUGAAAACUUGGAAAAGACGCAACAAAUUCAUUCCAAUUGUGAAGAGGCUUUUCCAUCUCGAAUUUCCCACUGCAUCGAGCCCUUCUCUCGAAAAGUCAAACAAUAUACACACAUAAAGCCGGAGAAUCGCUUUGUUUACCAAAUUUUCAUCAAGCAUGCUUGCAGGAAAUACAAGAAGAUGCUACUGUGUGUCCAUACAUAUCUGACGAACUGUCCCACAAAGCUGAGCUACAGUGUGGUCCAGCACAGUCUGAACCAGUCCUGGGUCCCAGUGGUCAACCAGAUGUGUGACAUUAACACCAACUCCUCAAAACAGCCAAUCAAAUCACACACAGACCAGACAAGGGGACCAGACUCACACAGCGGUACCACACCCAAAUCUCCCGUGUAUCAGAUACAGAACGAUUUACCUUCAGUUAAAAGCAUAUUAUCCCCUACCUCAAAGGAGGAUGCCCAAGACAGUAUAUAUAAUGUGAUUUUGGACCGAAUUAUCUUGCCAGAGAUAGUCAUUGACUCAGGGGUACCUGUUAUUUUAAAUUCCAAAGACAACAGUCAGAAAGAUCCUGGUUCAAAUGACAAUAUUCAUCAUACAUUGGUGGCUGCAGACUCUCAGGACAAGCCUGGAGGGAAAAGUCUCUUCUACUGGAUGUACAUAGUGAUAGGAAAUAGUGCAUCAGCAAAUCAAGUCCAGUACUCCAUGGGACCUAAAGGGCGUCACAGCCAGGGGGAGACAGCUUCCCUGUCCUACCAAUCCUCGGCCAGCCCAGUGACUCUCAGUCUACUGUGUCUUCUCUGGCAGGUGCUUGUGACGGUGUAUGCACUCUGCUCCCAUUAGCAGAAAUUGAAUUAUCUCCCUCGAAAGAAUUUCCACUUAGUUCUGGACAAUGAAACAUGGCAAAAUGUGCAAUAGUUAUAACACAUGUUAUUCUUUGUGGCGGGUUUGAUAGAGAUCAGCGGAUUCUGUCAGUGAAUAGAAUCAGCAGGGGAAUAAACCUGUUACAGAUACAGGUGACUGCCUCCUUGGUUCUAUAUAUCAUUAUAAAAAUGGCUCAUUUCUCCGUGUUUUUGUGGAUCUGUCUGUGAUGAAUUAUGAUAUUCUGUCUAGAACUGUGUAUUUUUUGUCCCCUUGUGUAAUUUUACUCAACAGGGUACUGGAGGAAAAAGUAUUAUAUUUAUAAAAAUCAAAUUGUACAUAAUGUUGUAUAUACGUAAAUGUAUAUAAAAAAUAAAAUCAUGUUUCAUUCA